AUGCUAUCCCUAGAGGCUCAACGUGCUCUCAUCGGAUGGGAACCUGUCAACUCCGGCAUAAUAACAACCAAGUUUAACACCAAGGAAAGUAAGAUCAAGUUAAACAUCAUACAAUUUUAUGCUCCCACAAAUGAUGCAGAUGAGGAAAAGAAUGACGCCUUUUACCAACAACUACAGGCAGUCUUGGAUAAAACAGGCAAGAAAGACAUGACAGUACUCAUGGGCGACUUCAAUGCCAAAAUUGGAGGUGACAACACAGGCUACAUUGAAGUCAUGGGUACACAUGGGCUGGGCUACAUGAAUGAGAACGGUGAGAGAUUUGCAGGCCUGUGCUCACUUAACCAGAUGGUAAUAGGUGAAAGCAUCUUCCCUCAUAAAAGAAUUCACAAGGCCACAUGGAGAUCCCCUGACCAUGUUACAGAGAACCAGAUCGACCAUAUCUGCAUUAACAAGAAAUUUAGAAGAGCAUGGAAAGAUGUCAGGGUGAUGAGUGGAGCAGACAUUUCAUCAGACCACCAUCUGCUGAUGACGGCAUUAAGGCUGCGCCUCAAGAAGUUCAACAACGCAACAAACAGGAGGACAAGGUACAACGUGAGUGCCCUCAAAACAAAGGAAGUGAAGACAGUAUUCCAUCUCAGCUUGUCAAAUAGAUUCCAGCUACUACAGGACCAGCUAGAAAACAAUGAUACCAACAUAGAGACCCCCCAAUGGCAGUCAUCAAGGAAAUGUGGCAAGGCACAUGCGAGGAAGUCCUAG